CUGUGAGACUGUACCCAGGGCACAGCAGCCAAUAUUGCCGCUCAAAGCAGCUUGAUUCGGCGUUACACUGUGUGUGAUUGGUGGAUUUGUGUGUCAGUCAAGGACAUCUCGGCCGGCCGGCAGCCAUGUCGGUCUGAAAUGACCAAUGGACACUCUAGAAAUCUAAGGACCUACCCACCAAUAAAAACAUAUAUAACAGGUGUCUCCCAUCAGUUUCAGUCUUUUAGUCUGUGAAGAAGAUAGAGAAAAUGGCUCGAAGGAACUUUACCGUUGCGGACGCGCUGGAUUUUAUUUUCGCGAGCGGCAGUGAAGAAGAUGGCUCAUCAGAACCUGAAGGCUUCGACUCUUCUGAAGAAGAAGAAUACAGGGACAGCAGGGAUCCAUUUGAGGAUGGAGAGGUUUCACAGCUGCCUGGGCCUAGCUGCCCACAGAUGACAUUUAUCCAGGAGCCUCCAGCUGUGCCUGCCACCAUGUUGAGAUCUACCGUGGAUCAAGGGCCUUCACCACUGCCAUCCCCACCAAGCACUAGCGGACCAGCAUCACGACAGCUGCCUCCAUCUCUGCCUGCGACGAGGUCAAGAUACACCUCAGCUCCACCACAGCCACAGCCAUCACCAUCAACCCGGACAGCAAAGAGGUCUCAUAGAGCACACGUACCUCCCACACAGCCACCAGCUGCCCAUGCACCAUCACCCCCACCUGCACAGCAGCCAGCUCCACUGUCUUGGAAGACAGGCGAAGACCCUGACACUGCUCCCACUGUCUCCAGGUUUCAACCUGCUCGCACACCCGGGCCACAGCUCAGCUCAACAGUAUCAAACAAACCCCUUGACCUGUUCAAGCUGUUCUUCAGUGCACUAACAGUACAGACACUCUGUACCAACACAAACAAGCGGGCUGCACAGGAGAUGGGGAAAGGGUAAAACCUACAAAUGGACUGACUUGACUGUAGAGGAUUUCUAUAAAUACAUGGGGCUGCUGAAACUGGACAAUGUAUUGGACUACUGGAGGAAGGAUCAUUUUGUCAGUGUAUAAUGAAUAGUUGGUUGAAGGAAAAAAAGUUCUGAUGUUCAAUAUUGUAAAUAGUGAGAUUUUGCAGUUAUAUUUAUAUACAUUGUUGGUAUUAUAAUAAAUUGUUGGUUGAAAAA